UCAUAUGGUAGAAAAAGACCACAUAUACAUUAGAAUUCAGUUUAAAUAUUUAUACAAUGUACAGUAUUUUAUGAUUUGCUUAAGUGUGUGAUAAAAGUGGGUAAUUUUGAUGUAUUUUGCAGUUUAAGUUACAUGCUCAGUUUUUAAUACCACAACUCGCAAGUUUUGAAAUUAGUAAUUUAUUUAAGGUUUUAAUUGCAUAUUUUAACGUUUUAAAUCCAGUAUCUUAAAGGUUUUAAUAUUUAUUCUUGAUAUACUCUGAUUUAAUUUAUUUGUUUCAUUCGAAUAUUUAACUUUCAGACUACACAUCUGAUUAAUUGCAUUCGCCUGAGAAAAUGCCUUCCUGCGUAUGCCUGCGCUCACCAAAUAAAUAUGUAACAAGCCCGAAAACACCUUCUGAACUCAAGGCCACAACCACUACUAACACUGCUGAUAACCAGUCACUGGUGACUGACUCUGAAGUGUUUGACCAUCAGGCUCUCUUGAACCAGGAAGGGUCAACUACCUAUGAGGGAGACUCUCGAGCUGUUUCACCCUCAAAUUCCUCAGACUACAAUUACCUCAAUAAUUCUAGUGAUCAAAACUCAAGUGAUAACAGUUCGGACGAUCAAAGCAGUGGUUCAUCGGAUCAGCAGGAUGAUGAAUUUUCAUCUGAGAAGUCUGAGGAUUUGAGGAAAACAGUGGAGAAGUGGAACAAUUUGUUGAAACAGUUUGAUGAAAACCCAGACGUCCAAGAGGUCCAAAAGACUUUGAGCUUAGUAGCCAGCAUGUCAAAAGAUGAGUUAGAAGAAUCUGAUGACGUGAAGAAACAAGUUGAGGAGACAAUUAGAAGACUAACAUCGUCACUGUCUGAGGUGAGGUCGUUAAGUUCUCAAAUGUCAGAUAAGGAGUUGGUAUUGCACCCGCAUAUGGGCGAUGAUGAUCAAACUCACUUCAAGUGUUUCCUCAGAAACGUUAAAUCGCACAUGGGCGAAGCCGUCGAACUCGAAGUCAACGAAUCUGCAACUCAACACAUCCUACAACUCUUCAACAGCCUCGGUCUACUAAAUGCCAAUGUAUCUGGGAUGGGUUCUCAUGUUUUACAUGUAAAUGGGAAUGGUUCUGGAGUGGGAUUAUUGUCUCGAAUGUCCUCAAGUAUUAAAAGCUCAACAGUGUUCAAAAACCUGUUUGACCCACUGGAUCUCACAAAGUCAAAGAUGGAUUUGACUACGUAUUUGCAUCAGCUGAGUAAUGAGAUUGACGGGGACGACCUCGCUUCAAUUUCUACACUCUCGGACUUGGAGCCUCAGGAGCCUCAAAAUCCGCUCUCAAACUGCCUCCUGAACACUUCACUUGCCCUUGACGGAGUACUCUGUGACCUCGUUCGAGAACAUAAUCGUGAUAUUCCCAACUUCUGUAAUGAGCAACUUAAGAAACAGGCCUCACUCAGGAAUAAAUACGGCGACAUGUCAGACCUACCGCUUUUCAUCAGCUAACAUUGUAACAUAUAAUUUUCCAAAAUGUAAUUUGAUUUAACUUUA